UGGCUGCUGCGCUUAUAGCCGCGCGCCGGGCGCGGGAGGACGGCUGGUGGUGGCGCGCGCGCGCGUUCGAAUGCAGCGAGGCAGCGGGCGGCGUGAUCCUAUGAAUUCCAAAAUGAAAAAGAAAGUGAAUGUGGAAAAGUCAUCAGGAUCUUUACAGAAGUACUUUUUAGAUACCACAUGCAGUACUGCCCCGAGGAGGACUCUCAGAAUGAUUCAGCCUUCAGCCACAGGCUGCCUGGUUGGCAGACAUAAUGAGGGGAAAUCUUCAAUCAAAAGGAAACUCUGGAAUAGCAAGUUAACUUCAAAGGCAACUACAACUGAGGCUACUCUGGACAAAGAACAAGAAAACGAAAAUACAGAUGAGGUCAUUCAAGCAGUAGAUCUCAUGGUAAAAAAAAGUCCUUCAUCUCAAUAUUGGAAAGAAGUGGCAGAAGAGAGGAGGAAGGCUCUGUAUGAAGUGCUUCAAGAAAAUGAAAAGCUGCACAAAGAAAUUGAAAAGAAAGAUGGUGAAAUUGCCUGUCUAAAAGAAGAAAAUGAAGAACUACUGUCACUAGCUGAACAUGUGCGUUAUAUGACCAGCGUGAUUGAGAGGCUAACUGGGCAAGCACCUGACAACCUCGAGGCACUGAAGAGUCUGACUCUAGAACAGUCUGAGCAAGAAAAUGAAGAACUUAACUUUGGGGAUGUUGUAGACCUCCCUUCUGAAGAAGGGCCCUCACAAGUGUAGUAUGAUUUGAAGAUGAUUAUUUCAGAUUUUGCUUUAAGUGAAGUGUGAAGCUGGAUUGACAACCUUAAACAAGCUUGUGCAUGUGGCUUUUCUUUUAAUUGCAGUCUUCCUCUUGAAAGGAUAUACUAAAGUUUCUCAGGUAUAGAAACUCUUGUGGAAGCAUAACAUGUUUUUUAACUGGAAUUAUGUAGCAGUGGGAGUAACUGAAUACUGCUUAGGAAACUCAUUACAGGCUGCACUUAGUUGCUUGUAUAAAAUGCAAAUACUAUGUAUUUCAAACUGUUAUGUAAAUAGUAUCUUAUCAGUUGGUCUGACAUGAUACAUGAAAAUUGAUAAAUAAAUCUUUGCCUUACCCAAA